AUGAAAGUUUUAAUCGAUGGGAAAAACUUAUUGGUGAUAUUUAACUUCGUUAUCGUGCCGACCGCGUUGUUUCUAGUGUGUGGUGCUUUAUCGGCGGCGGUGCCGGAGGACGAUGUGAGGUUCCUCAAAGGUUUGAAGAGUUCACUGAACGAUCCACUCGAGAGGCUCAGCUCGUGGAACUUCGACAACACGUCCGCGGGGUUCAUAUGCAAGUUCGUCGGGGUGGCGUGCUGGGACAAGCGCGAGAACCGCAUAAUCAGCCUGGAACUCCGCAACAUGAAGCUGUCGGGUACGGCUCCGGCCGAGUCGUUGAAGUACUGUGGGAGCAUGCAGACCCUGGAUCUCUCGCUCAACAACCUGUCCGGUACGAUUCCUCAAGAAACAUGUAACUGGCUGCCUUUUUUAGUAACCCUGGAUCUAUCAAAUAACGGCCUUUACGGUUCGAUCCCGCCCGAGCUUGCCAAGUGUCAGUAUCUGAACAGUCUGAUGCUGUCGGAUAAUAAGCUCUCUGGUACUAUACCUUACGAGCUCUCUACUUUGGGUAGGCUGAAUAAGUUUUCCGUAAAGAACAAUGAUCUCUCGGGUAGGUUACCUUCAUCUUUCGAUAGGUUUGACGAGGAGAGUUUUGCUGGGAAUGAUGGGCUUUGUGGGGGGUCUUUGGGGAAGUGUGGUGGGCAGAGCAAGAAGAAUUUGGCGAUUAUAAUAUCUGCCGGGGUGGCUGGAGCGGCGGGGUCGUUGUUGUUAAGUUUUGGGGUGUGGUGGUGCCAUUUGAGGUUGAGUAGGAGAAGGAAAAUAAGGUAUGGGAUUAAUGGUAGAGAUGAUGUGACGUGA